AUGAGCGGGAACUUUCUCACUAUCCCUGGCGACGAUCCCAUACAAAGACGAUCUCGGAGUUCGUCUUUAACAGACUUAAUAUCAUCGUUCGACACGAAAGCACAGACGCACAGCGAACUACAAAAAGUCACAGCAUUCAGCGGCCAUUUUGACAAAAAUCACAAGCCCACAUUCUCAAAGGAGGAAUAUGGCAAACCUAUACCUGGUUCGAAGACUGAACAUAGAGGGGCAGAAGCGCAAGCAAGAGUCUGUACAGAGAUGAAGGAGUUGUGCGAGAUCAUUAACGAAUACGGAAAGAAUCCUUGCAAGAGCCUCUUACCUCCGGAACUCAGAAGUGCUACAAAAGUCAUUUCGUUUGGAGAACUUUUCACGAUAUACACCGUAAUUUCGGACAAGCUUGUUGGCUUACUACUUCGGACGAGGAAACAUCAGCUAACAUAUUUUGAAGGCGAGGUGUUAUUCCAGAAACGUGAUGACGAUGUUCCUGUGUUCCUGAUGCAGCCCAUUGAAGACGUCAGAAACUACUGUAACAAUAAAGCGCUACAAGCUAGAAGAUCAGUGUCACCUAUGCCUAAUUAG